UUGGGACAUAGUGUGUUUAGACUUUGGACCUAACCGUAAUAUGUACCUACAUCAUGGAUCGGGAUUUCACAUCGGAUUGGUUCGGUUAGAAACUCGACCUCGAAAAUUAUCUGCGUCUCCAAACAGCUCAAAAUAUAAAAUCCAUUUGUAUAACCUCAUACAUUUAUGAGACAAUUUUUUUAAUGCCAUUUCAGAUAAAACACGUAACAUUAGAAAAUAAGUUUUAGUAGCUCAUUAAGUACUUCGUGAUGGCGGUGAGACAUAUGACUGCGGAAUUUUUGAAAGACUAUUUCAAAGCGACAAAAAACUUUGACAAAACACUCCAAAAGGUAAAAAUUUUAAAUAUAGCUAAGGGCAAUUGUCUGGCCGAACUGAAGCUUGAAGAGGAACAUACUAAUUCUCUCGGCGGUCUUCAUGGGGGGUUUUCAUCCACAUUGGUGGACGUUAUCAGCAGUUAUGGUCUUAUAAGUCAUGAAAAGUGUGACAAUCGGCCGCUGAGCGUAUCAGUUGAUCUUCAUGUGACAUUUCUCAAACCUGCCAAAUUAGGGGACGAAAUUCUCAUCGACACGAAAACGAACAGGGUUGGCAAAAAUUUGGCGUUUUGUGAAGUUGAAAUUUUAAACAAAGAAACUAAAGAAUUAUUAGUUAAAGGAACUCAUACUAAAUUUAUAUUUUCAUGAAAUUAGUGUUAUUUGAUGUUUUAGACAAAUUGGUAUUACUUUGCUAACUUGCAUCUAACUAGAUUAUAUUAAAUUAUAAAUCUCAAA